GAAGCUUAGGGACAAUGGAAAAAAGCAAAACAAAAUAUGAUAAAAUAGACAAAAAUAAGCACUUUAAGACCUUUACUUUGACAUUUAUCGACACCAGUAGACAAUAAAAAUGUGCCUUUACUUUGAUAGUCAUACCGGAUGUUCUUUUAUCGAGGACAAUUGACGCUGAUGUUUUCGUUUUCAUAAAAAUGGAUGACACUGAGAUGUUUAUUGUUUCUUCCCAGUUACAUGAAUAGAAUGUCACGUUUGUUGAAGGGAGCAUUUCAAGUCCAGUAACUCCGAAACUUUUGCAGGAGGCGAGCAGCUUGCGGUCUGGUAUUUUUAGUGCCAAAUCGUCUUGCAUCGCAUCGUUGCGUUGGUGUUUUUUUUUUUUUUUUUUUUUUGCCGUCGUGUCAACAUGGACGCAGUAUAUAGUGAAAUGUUUUUGGUGAGAAGGUCUUUGGAUGCUUCUCCAAUUGAAGUAACAAACAUGACGGACAUAAACAAAGCGAGUCCUCACGGCUGUGACAAUGGCGCACUGACAGACAGGUUCGGUGUGUUGAUACAGGGGCUGCUUGGCGUCGUUGCCUUUAGCACUCUAAUGGUAAAACGAUUCAGAGAACCAGUAGGAAUAAGACGACCCUGGAGAAUUUGGUUUUAUGACACAUCAAAGCAGGCCAUUGGCUCUCUCUUCAUCCACUUUGCUAGUUUCUUGUCUACCUUCACUAAGGAGGAUCCAUGUUCCCUGUAUCUGAUGAACUUUCUUUUGGAUGCUACACUCGGGAUGCUAGUCAUCUGGUUGGCUCUGAAAUUAGUUUCGAAAUUUGUGGAAUACAAACAGUGGACACUCCUAACACUUGGUGAAUAUGGUGACCCUCCACAAGCCGCUGCAUGGCUUGGUCAGUGUGGCAUUUAUUUGCUUAUUAUGGUGCUGGAAAAAGGAGUGGUCAGUCUGGUGCUACUCAUCCCUGGAUGGUCUGAAUUGCAAGAAGUGCUUUUGGACUACAUUGCUAACCCUCAACUGGAGCUUGUGCUGGUCAUGCUCAUUGUGCCAUUCAUUGUCAAUGCAAUCAUGUUCUGGGUGGUGGAUAGUCUGAUGAUGAGGAAGUUUAAGACGAUGAAGAGUUUGGAUGACACAUGUGACAGCUCUGUGAAGAAAGCAGAUUCUCUGCUAAAUCCAGAUGAAACACAGGUUCUCCUAACAGAAGAGACAGACACAGAAGAGGCUUCAGAAGGUGAAGAGGAUGAAAAUGAAUCUGUUCCUCAAGUGCAAUAUUCAGGAGGACCAGUGAGACCCAGCUGGGUCACUGUUUAAAUCUGUAUCCCUUCAAUUGAUUCAUCCAGUAUCCACAUGUGCACAAAACCUCUCACCAAAAGUGUGAAUACUAUAUUAGACUUCCAAUAGGGUUGUUUGUAACUGCAACCUUAGUUGCAUUUUAUGAUUUAUAAUGAGCAAAAUUAUGUUAAUACAUGUAUAAAAGCAUCCAAUGUAUGGUAUUAUAAUAUAUGUGCAAGCUGACUUCAGAGUAACUUCUACUGAAAGUAUGUGGCUAAAUAUUAUUACCCAGCACAGCACCUGCAGGGUGAAUGUGGUCUUUACUCAAAGCUUUAGUCAGAAAGGGUAUCAAAUUCCAAAGUACAUCAAAAAGCAAAGUAUGCAUUUUAUUUGAAAGCAUCAAGUAUUUUAUUCACAUAAUUUACCUUUUUAAUUAAACUGUAAAUUACAGUAAUUAUAGCAUGUGUUUCCUUUGCUUAGAUAAUCAUGGCUUCAGGUGGUUAUUAAAGGUUGUCAGAGCAUAGAGGUCAAGUUACGGGUUCAAUUAUACAAACUCAAAUGUUUUUGCUGUGUUCACUUUAUUUUGUAUGUUAAUGUUGCACAUCAAAAGGAUUUUGUCAAGGCUGACUAGGACAAGUUGACACAAUGUAACCUUUGUUUGUGACUGUGAUGAGGGUAAAACUAAAACCUUGGCCUUAAGCAAUUCAUCAUCAUUUCAGGUAAAUGAUUUAUUCCCUAUUCACUGGGAUUUAUGUACACAGCUGUAGCUCAUGUGUUGUAUAAUCUGUUAGUAACUUUUUUAUUAUUUGCAUUCCGUGGUUCUGCCUGUGAUAUGGAAAGUCAGUGAGAAGUGGUGUAACCAGGUAUUAAGUAUUAAAUAUAGCUGUAAAUUUUUUUUUUUUUUUUUACAACCGUCCAUCUGCAUAUUACUAGUGUUAAAAAUGUAUUUUUUAAAAUGUGCUUUUUAUUUAUGUUUUUUUUUUUUUUUUUUUUAACUAAAUUCUGAAAACAGCACAGUGCAUACCACAUGUCAAUGGUGCUUCUUAUUGAAUGUAUCUCUUUAAUCUCCUCUCUGAAUAAAGGUGAUAGACAUGGAGCACAGUUGUUGGUGGAUUCCUGUAGUAGCCAGAGCAGUGCAGCCUGAUGACAGAUCCUGUGAGUGGGACAUGGCUGCUGCACACCUGUGUGGGUGGAGCGAGACGCUUUGUGACCUGCAGCUGAUGACAGAGUGCACUGCUCAGACUGUGUGUCUGGGUCCUGGAUGCUCUGCUGUGUGAGCUGUCACUGCUGAAGAGGGGGCCACUUACAAUGUGGAUA